AGGCCCGGAGGCGGCGGCGGCGGAGAACGAGAAGGAGAGCAAGGAGGAGGAGGAGGAAGAAGAGGCGAAGAUGCCUCUUUAAAAGCCGAGCAAGGCACCGGAGGGCGGAACGGGCGCCGCUCGGGGCUCCGGAGCCGCCCGGGGGAGUCUGCCUUCCGCCGGGCGGAUGCGCAAGUGACCCUCGGCGCCCAGGCGAGCCGGCUUCCCCCUCCGGGCCAGGCGAGCCAUGCCGCCUCUCUUGCGGGGCUCCUUCUGGCUGUGCCUGCUGGCUCUGCUGCCCGGCCCGGGCGCGCCGAUGCCGUCGGAGAUCGUGACUCCCAUCCGCCUGGACCCGGAUCUCAACGGGCGGCAGUACUUCCAGCGGGGGGCCGAGGAGCCCCCCCAGCCCGGGGCCAUCUUCCAGAUCGCCGCCUUCCAGGAGGAUUUCUACCUCAACCUCAGCCCGGAUGCCCGGUUCCUGGCGCCCGCCUUCGCCACCCGCUACCUGGGCGCCCCGCCGAGGGCCGAGCCCGGGGACUGGCGCCGCUGCUUCUACUCCGGCGACGUCAACUCGGACCGGGACUCCUUCGCCGCCCUCAGCCUCUGCGGAGGGCUGACCGGCGCCUUCGGCUACCGCGGGGCCGAGUAUCUCAUCAGCCCGGUCCGCAACGCCAGCGGCACCCGGGCUGGACGGCCGCUGCGCAACAGCCAAGGAGCGCACCUGUUGCAGCGGCGGAGCGCGCCUCGCCACGCCGCGGCCACCUCGCGCUGCGGGGUGGAGUCCGCCUCCCACCCGGCCCUGGCGCAAGCCCUGGAGAGGUACAAGGGCUCCGGGCCCGGCGGCGGCGGCGGCGGCGGGGCCAAGCCGGCCCAGAACGAGACGGCGGGCCGGGGGCUGCCCGCGUCGGCCAGGAAGAGCGGCCGCGCCAAGCGCUUCGUCUCCAUCCCCAGGUACGUGGAGACGCUGGUGGUGGCCGACGAGUCCAUGGUCAAGUUCCACGGCGAUGACCUCCAGCACUACCUGCUGACCCUGAUGGCCACGGCCGCCCGGCUCUACCGGCACCCCAGCAUCCAGAACCCCAUCAGUCUGGCGGUGGUCAAGUUCCUGGUCAUCGGGCGGGACGACAAGGGGCCCAAAGUGACGAACAACGCGGCGCUGACCUUGCGCAACUUCUGCGUCUGGCAGAAGAAGUGGAACAAGGGCAGCGACAAGCACCCCGAGUAUUGGGACACCGCCAUCCUCUUCACCAAACAGGAUUUGUGUGGUGCUACCACUUGUGACACCCUGGGAAUGGCGGAUGUCGGUACCAUGUGUGAUCCCAAACGCAGUUGCUCCGUCAUUGAGGAUGAUGGUCUUCCUUCUGCUUUUACUACAGCUCAUGAGCUAGGACAUGUGUUCAACAUGCCCCAUGACAACGUGAAGGCUUGUGAAGAAGUCUUUGGUAAACUGAAGACUAACCACAUGAUGUCCCCCACUCUCAUCCAAAUUGAUCGUAUUAAUCCAUGGUCACCUUGUAGCACGGCCAUCAUCACUGACUUCCUGGACAGCGGACAUGGUGAUUGUCUUUUGGACCAACCCACCAAGCCGAUCUCUUUGCCUCAAGAACUUCCUGGUUCCAGCUAUAAUCUCAACCAGCAGUGUGAGCUGGCCUUUGGCAUUGGCUCCAAGCCUUGCCCAUACAUGCAAUACUGCACCAAGCUUUGGUGCACCGGAAAGGCUCGUGGCCACAUCAUGUGCCAGACCCGUCACUUCCCUUGGGCUGAUGGCACCAGCUGUGGAGAAGGGAAGUUCUGCAUGAAAGGUUCCUGUGUGGAGAGGCAUAACAUCAGUAAGUACCGGGUGGAUGGCAACUGGGGGAAGUGGGCACCUUAUGGGACAUGCUCAAGGACAUGUGGUGGAGGAGUCCAGCUGGCUAAACGUCAAUGCAACAAUCCGGCUCCAGCCAAUGAAGGAAAGUAUUGUGAAGGGGUUCGAGUUAAAUAUCGUUCCUGCAGUUUGGAUCCCUGCUUUGCUUCAGUUCCAGGAAAGAGUUUUCGGGAAGAACAAUGUGAGGCUUUCAAUGGCUACAACCAUAGCACGAACCGACUCACCGCCAUUGUCUCCUGGGUCCCCAAAUAUUCUGGCGUGUCACCUCGGGAUAAAUGCAAGCUCAUCUGCCGAGCCAAUGGAACUGGCUACUUUUAUGUCUUAGCCCCAAAGGUGGUGGAUGGUACACCAUGUUCUCCAGACUCUAGCUCGCUCUGCGUCCAGGGAAAAUGUAUCAAAGCUGGGUGCGAUGGGAAACUUGGUUCCAAAACGAAAUUCGACAAGUGUGGCGUGUGUGGAGGAGACAACAAAAGCUGCAAGAAAGUUUCAGGGUUGUUCACCAAACCUAUGCAUGGCUACAACUUUGUGGUGCUCCUCCCAGCUGGUGCUUCCAGCAUUGACAUCCGUCAGAGAGGCUACAAGGGUCUGAUUAGUGAUGACAAUUACCUGGCCCUGAAGAAUGGGCAUGGCAAAUAUCUUCUGAAUGGACAUUUCAUUGUCUCCCCGGUGGAAAGGGACUUAAUAGUCAAGGGCAGCGUGAUUCGCUAUAGUGGAACAGGUACAGCAGUGGAAAGCCUCCAAGCCUUUAUGCCCAUCCAGGAACCCCUGACAGUGGAAGUGCUAUCAGUUGGGAAGAUGACACCACCUCGAGUACGCUACUCCUUCUACUUGCCCAAAGAAAGCAAAGAGGACAAGUCUUCCUACCACCGUAAAGAUGGGAAGCGUCCUCCAGUCCUCAACAACAGUAUUCUCAGCCUGUCCAACCGCCUGGAGCUGGGUCAGCUGGAUUACAAACGCCCCGCUUACAAAUGGGCCACCACCAACUGGGAAGACUGUUCAGUCACUUGUGGCAACGGUCUGCAGAAACGCAUGGUGCUGUGUCGUGACGCCCUUGGUCAGUUGGCCUCUUCUUGUGACGCCACUCAGAGGCCUAUUGACAUCAGGAUAUGUGGAGAUCCUUGCCCAACAUGGGAGGCAUCGCCAUGGUCCUCGUGCUCCAAAACUUGUGGCAGGGGGUUUAAAAGGCGCAUACUGAGAUGCACAGGGCGAGGUGGCAUACUGCUGCCCCGUGAACGCUGCAACCUCAGGAAGAAACCACAGGAGUUAGACUUUUGCACCCUGAGACCUUGCUGACCGGGCUGUCUCCACAAUUGACCAAAGCCAAAUGUGCUACUUUCUGAACAAGUGGCUGAAAGUGUAAACAUAGCCUCUGGGGGGAGGGAAUGGGAUCCAGCCGAAUCAAAGGGGGUCUGGUCCAUAGUGCAUUUUGACCAAGAACAUUCUAAGAGAAGAGAAAAAGAUUACCAAUAAGAAGAGGGCUUGAUAGAGGUUUUGACCAUCCAGUCACUUAGUAGUAAAGCAGAAGUAAACAACUACCUCGAAGUUGCCCAAACCUCCUAGAAGUUAUCACAAUUCAGCCAUGCAUUCUGAGGCCCUGAAGGAGAAGGCAAAGCCAGAACUGAAAGGCAGCACUAUCUUGAGAUGGACCAAAGACAAGGAAGAUGAUUCCUUAGAGCCCUGGCUCUAAAUCCCUUCAAAAAUAAAAAUAAAACAUAAAAGGGACUCUUAGGACUACCCAUCUCCUUCAACUCCUAGAGUUAUAGUGGACCAUAAGGAAGUACCAUUGAACCUGGAACAAAAGUAUUGUAAGACGUACCCCCAAGAAAAUGACAUCCUAGCUCUGAUAGAAUUGCAGGUCUCUAGAUACACUUGGGGUUUUGGGCAGGACUAAUAACCAGCCACUGAUUGGUAGCUACCAGUUAACAUUUAUGAGCAAUAUACAUUUAACGGUGCUGGACCAAAUUGCCUCUGAAGUGUUGGCUUUGCCCACUUCUCAUGAUUCAUUCCAAGAGAUCUACUACGUUGGCUAAGAUGAAGCUGCAUCUUAUUUUCCUGUUCCUUAGUAAACAGGAAUUCAUCUUUGUUCCUUUCCUUCUUGCUUUUGUUAUUUAAGCCCACAUGUCUCUUCCAAUGUCACAGUUUCAUGUUUCCGAUCCAUAAUAAGUUUGCAAGAUACCUGUGAAUACCUGAACGUUUGUUCAUCUGCAGUGUUUUGGAUUUAGGCCAGGCUAGCUUUAUUCUUUGCAUGAAAAAGUGAAAAGCUGGUGAGCGUCAUGCUCCCAGGAUGAUUUUUUUGGACUAUUUGAACAUGAAGAGAAAGUGAGGGAGAAAAUAUAGUUGCAAGUAAUGCUCAACUCAUCAAGGAGAGAACUAACCUAAAACUAAGGAGAAAUUUCCUGAUACUUAGAAUAAUUAAUCGGUGGAACGACUGGCCUCCAGGUGUUGUGGAUGAUCCAAUACUGGAGGUUUUAAAGAAAAGAUUGGACAACCAUUUCUCUGAAAUGGUAUAGGGCUUCCUGCAUGAGCAGGGGGUUGGACUAGAAGACCUCCAAGGUCCCUUUUGACUCUAUUAUUCUGUUAGAUUGAACAACAAUCUUAUCUUAAUACAGAGGCAUCCUCUGUUGUCCUGCACUGAAAACUUAUUAUGGUGAUAUUGCACCUUAAUGUUUUCUAUAUAAAUUCUAUAAACUAAAUUGAAUUAGGUGGGGGUAUGUAAAAAAAUAUAGUCCCCAUCUCACAAAAUGCAGAAUAUUCCUGCAUAUUAUAGAUACUCUAAAGAGCAGUAUUUGGUCCAUAUCUUCCCAUAAGAUAGACCAGGUGGGAAUGCAGUCCUAAAGUUUAUCCUAGGGCAAAGCAGGACAGGACAAAUGAUAUGUGAAGUCAGAGGCUAUCCAGAGUCAAGGUUCUUGAUUUUGUAAUAUUAGGGUUUGUUGGUUUGGGAUGCAGUCUCUACAUCUUUCUUUGGGGAUGCUAGACAAUAAAUAUUCUUAUGAAGCUGCUGGAAUUUUUUUGGCAAUUAUUGUAAAAGCCUUUGGCAGUCUAAGAACAAAUUAACAGGCAAACAACAUGCCAUUCUUGCUGUCUGCAGGUGAAGCAGCUGUUGACAAUGCUCUGGAAGACAGUCCAAUUUCCCUAACAUUGUGUGAAAGAGAACAGAAGUGUCCAUGUUUUUGUGUUAGUGAUCGUUGUUUUACAGGUGCUGUCCAUGCCUUCCAAGAGGGUUUAAAUUCUGGGUAAAAUGCAUAGGAGAUUUGAGCUGCAGAUGCCCUGUGAAACCUGCAGGAGAAAUCCACCAUAAUGGAGUAUCAGAUAGUAUUAACAAGUCCUACGAGGGUAGAGCUUUGGCCUUAGGGAGUUUUCAUUUCACCAGUUAAUCAAAGCAGAUCCUUCAUCUCUUAAUGUUUGAGUCCUGGAUUUAUUUCAAUUGAAGCCUGAUUCUUGAUGGCUACCACCCAUCGCUGCUUGUUUUUGCUUUGGCUGCAGAAGUUGGGUUUGAUAUAUGUUGAUUCUAUAAUAGUAAUGAGCAUCCCUUGCCCCCAAAAUGUACACUUUGAAGUCUGGAGUAGAAAUAAAAGCAAAAACCUUCUUUGGGCUCAAAUGUGUAUCUUGGUGAGAGACAAGUUAUCCUAGAGCAGCGAUGGCAAAGCUUUUAGAGACCGAAUGCCCCAAAACCGGCCCUGCCCCACCCCACUCAGACACCGCCCUGCCCGCAGGGCCACCCACUGCCUCCAUGGCCCACCACAGAUUGCCCAGGUAGCCCAG